CGACAGCUCGCGAACUUGGCGACUUACUACCAACCUUACUCUCCGGUUUCUGUAUACCCUCAACAGUCCCCAAUGGCUUACGAUUACUAUCGCGGUUACCAGCCUCAGUACUGGGGCACCCAACAGUACCAGCUGCCUGCUGCGCCGAGGGUCUCCUACGUGCCCCAGACCGGGUGGGGUGGGAUGGACUACUACCGUGCUCACACCCGCUGGGCCGACGUUCAAGAGGAUGAUGAUAUCUUCGAUCGCAUCAUUCACGGUGUCAGGCGCUGGAUCGGAAAUGCAGGAUCCAACGCCGAAGAAGCUCGUGAUGCCCACCAACGUGUGUAUGCUGGCUGGGUUGACAUGAGAGUGACAUCCCCCGAGAUCAUCGGCGCGGCCGCCGCCUACGAGGCCCUCCGUUUCUGGGAGACAAACCAGUCACUGCGCAUGCCCGUCAUGGACGACCUUGAGAGGGAGGAGGAUGCUAUCAUGGGCUUGGCGGUCGCCGAAGCCAGCAAACUAUGGGGCUACACCGGCCGCUUGCUCAAUGAUCGUGGCAGGAGUGCAGCAGCCGAAGAAGCAGCAGCGACCGUACAUCGGAUUUUCCGCAGGCAGAACCGUGGUCUCCUGCGAUACGACACAUACAACUCUCUGACGGGCGAACACAUCCACCGCUACGACGAUGCCUACGACGGCGGGUACUACGACAGCGGUGGACUGCGCAGGCGUCGCUCGUUUGCCAACCUCACCGGCGACUUGGCUGCUUAUGACGGGUACGACCGUGCCAGGCGUGCAUCCUUUGCCGGCGGAUACGGAGCAGCCCCCUUGCCCGUGUAUGCAGGUGGUGCUGCACCUCUUUCCGCUGGCCUAGUACCUGGGACUGUCGCCCCACUUUCCGUCGCCCCACUUGCCGUCUCCCCAUACGGUGCAGGAGCGGCGCCAUAUGGCCAACCCCUGAUCUCUCCUGUUGUUGGCCCUGGGUAUGCUCCUGUCGGCAGUGUGGCCGCAUACCCGCCACCGCCCGGUAGCGCCUAUCUUACCCCUGGCUACACUGGCCACAGGUACGUAUGAUCUUUCCCGCCUCAGCUCAAGCAGACACCCUUUGCGACCAACAACGACCUUGUAUGCCUACUUUACACACCUGUUUGGCGCCUCGGUUAUGAUUCCCAUACGUCUAAUGACGUUGUAGUUGUAUGCAUGUUUUUCUUCUGCGAUUUUUUGCCGGUCUUUGUCACUGUUUCCUUCCUUGUCAAUCUUCUUGUCACCUUCCUCAACCGGCCCUCUGGGCACGUUACCAGUUUCAGAAAAUUCCAAGACAUGAGUAAUAUAUCUCUAAAAGGGUGCCAAUGAAAAUGUGUUGUAGA